GUGACUCAAGAGAAAGCCUGCUUGCCUCGUUCACCGCCAUCCCCCCUUUCUGUAUAAAAGCUAUCGUCGCUAAUUGGAGCCAUUCCUUUCCUUCUUCAAAAACCAUUUUCCUCUAGCAAUUUUGAUCGUCGCCCAGAAAUCCUCUUCUUGGUUCAUGGUAAUCCCACAAUUAACUCGCUUGUAGACAGAGGAGGGUCAUCUUUGCCCAUUUUGUUGUUGAUUUUUUGAUGCCAUGGUUACACUCGGUUUCAUUAGGAAUUAUACGAUGAAACCGUCUUGUAGAUUCCUUAUGACUCGAAAGAGUCUGGGUAUUUUUGGGUUUGCAAAAUGCCAUCAUUCAUUAACGAGCAAUUUGGCAAGGAAUCAUGUCCAUAAAAAACAGUUUUCCGCAUACCCUCUUCGAAUCUUUGGAUUUGGAAGCGCAAUUAAUGAUACCCAGAAGAUUUUUUGCAUACCCAAGACAAAUUUUGGCCAACCUAGGUUUAUAUCAGUUUUUCCUUAUGGAGACUGUACCAGAAGAAGAGCAAGCAGGGGCUUUUCUGUUGUUUCUAGUUUUGCAUCAGAAGUGAAAGGAUAUUCAACUUCUGUGGAGACCAGAGUGAAUGAUAAAAAUUUUGAGAGAAUUUAUGUGCAAAAUGGAAUUGGGGUUAAGCCUUUGGUAGUUGAGAAGAUUGAUAAAGACGAGAAUGUCGUGGGAGAGGAAGCGUCUAGGAUAGGAAUUGCUGUUCCUGAUGAAGGUGAAAAUGUAAAUGCUGAGAAUGUGGAGGGUGUUAAGGGAGUUGAGAUUGCGGGUCCUAAGAGGGUGGAAUCGGAUAUUGAAAAAGAGGCAUGGAAGUUGCUGAAUGAUGCGAUUGUUUCGUAUUGUGGGAGUCCUGUAGGGACGGUGGCUGCAAAUGAUCCAGGGGACAAGCAGCCAUUGAAUUAUGAUCAAGUUUUUAUCCGUGAUUUUGUGCCUUCGGCCCUUGCAUUCUUGCUUAGAGGAGAAGGAGAGAUUGUGAGGAAUUUCCUGCUUCAUACCUUGCAAUUGCAGAGUUGGGAGAAAACAGUGGAUUGCUAUAGUCCAGGACAGGGGCUGAUGCCUGCUAGUUUUAAAGUCAGGACAGUGCCUCUUGAUGGCAAUAAAUUUGAAGAAGUUCUAGAUCCAGAUUUUGGUGAAUCAGCUAUUGGUCGUGUUGCACCUGUGGAUUCUGGGUUGUGGUGGAUUAUUUUAUUGAGGGCGUAUGGCAAAAUUACUGGUGACUGCACGUUGCAAGAAAGGGUGGAUGUUCAGAUGGGCAUAAAACUGAUCUUAAACUUGUGCUUAACUGAUGGGUUUGACAUGUUUCCUUCUCUGUUGGUCACUGAUGGCUCUUGCAUGAUAGAUCGUCGGAUGGGUAUUCAUGGUCACCCUCUUGAGAUCCAAGCCUUAUUCUACUCUGCUUUGCGUUGCUCUCGGGAGAUGCUGACUGUAAAUGAUGGGUCCAAGAAUUUGGUAAGGGCCGUCAACAACAGACUAAGUGCACUGUCAUUCCAUAUUAGAGAAUACUAUUGGGUGGAUAUCAAAAAGAUCAAUGAGAUUUACAGGUAUAAAACAGAAGAGUAUUCCUUGGAUGCCACCAACAAAUUCAAUAUCUAUCCUGAACAAAUUCCUUCUUGGCUCAUGGAUUGGAUACCAGAGGAGGGUGGGUAUCUUAUUGGGAAUCUACAGCCAGCUCACAUGGAUUUUAGAUUUUUCACUCUCGGAAAUCUGUGGUCUGUUAUUUCAUCUUUGGGUACCCCAAAACAAAACAAAGCUAUUCUAAAUUUGAUUGAAGCCAAAUGGGAUGAUAUUGUUGGACGUAUGCCUCUUAAAAUAUGUUAUCCUGCUAUUGAGGAUGAGGAUUGGCGUAUAAUCACUGGCAGUGACCCAAAGAAUACCCCUUGGUCAUAUCAUAAUGGUGGAUCUUGGCCAACACUUCUUUGGCAGUUCACAUUGGCAUGCAUCAAGAUGGGCAGACUGGAACUAGCCCAGAAGGCAGUUGCUUUGGCUGAAAAAAGACUUGCAGUUGACCGCUGGCCUGAGUAUUAUGACACACGUACAGGGAAGUUCAUCGGAAAACAAUCCCGGCUGUAUCAAACAUGGACAAUUGCUGGGUUCCUGACAUCAAAAGUUCUCUUAGAGAACCCACGGAUGGCAUCAAUGUUAUUAUGGGAGGAAGACUAUGAGCUUCUUGAAAUCUGUGUAUGUGGACUUAGCAAGACCGGCCGGAAGAAGUGCUCUCGAGGUGCUGCUAAGUCGCAGAUUCUUGUGUAGGGCGACAGCCAUCUGUCAAAUGCAGAAUCUUAGUUCUGUACAGCUCUGAGUUUAGUAGGAGGCUUACAGGGAGUCUUAUAGAUGAGGACUUCUUCAACCUCUUUAACAUUGUAACAUAUGAUAGUGAUUUCUUAGUCUGCUCAUCCGAUUAAUUAGCUAAGUUGAUCGGUCUUGGUUUAAAAUUGUGAACUUUGUACAUUACUACAUUAUUUAUUGUUAAAACUCCAUUUUUUC